UAAGUUAAGCCUGGAGACAAACUGUGAUUUCAAGAAUAGAAAAGGAAUACAUUUGAAAAUGUCUCAUAGUUUUAGCUCUGCGUGGGAUAAGAAAAUGACUUACUUUGUAAAGUCUGAGAAAUAUAAAACAUCGCCUCGUAGGUGGUCGCCAGUUCGGCUAACAUCUUCUCCAAAGCUUUCACCACGUCACUCAAUCAGUUCAUAUGUGGAACGUAAGAUGUCGUCAGGUCAUGCGGUGAUGCCGGAAGACGUCGGUAAAGUGACGUCACCGGAGUCAACAACGUCAGAAGAAGAAAGUGAAACAACGUCAACUAAGUCUAUAACGCCUUAUGACGAUAGCCAAAUUACGUCACUUAAGUUGAAAUUGCCAGGUGACGAGCGUAAAGUGACGUCAAAUCAGACAAAUACGUCGGAUGACGAUCAUAAAAAGACGUCACGACAGUCGAGUUCAAAUUCCGCUCUAUCCAUGGCGACUACGACAGAAAGUUUAACAUCACUUGAAUGUGGGUCUGGUUUCCGGCGUCGCUGGGAGGCUGAGCGGGAGAUGGACCGGCGCCUGAACAUCGCGAAACAGAAGCACGCCGCCACUACGCGGCUCCGGAAGGUCAACGACGUCCACGGCCGCCUUCUCCAAGGGAAAAUCAGACUUCUGCGCACCAGCUUUAGUCAAGUGACGAAGGAGCUUCGUAAAGAAACCAAAUUCUUGCUCGAGGAAAUGGAGGGAGCGGAGGAGGUCACGCCGAUCCGGCUCCCUCGAAUUCAGUCCGCCACACCUGUAGACUCCCGAUCCUCAAGCGGCUUGAGCAACUUGAACGGUCCCAGCUCCAGGACCGGCCCAAAGGCGUCCGGUGGGCGGGACGGCGUCUGUCGCGCAUGCCUGUUUGAUCCGUCCAACACUUCUUCGCGGUGUAAACAUUUCCCCUGCUUCUUACCUUUCACAUACAAUAGCCUUAGUGUGCUACCAAAGCCUCAAAGCUAUUCUGUGGUCGGUAAUUAUAAUCAGCUGCUGGAGCGCUGCCGCGACGAGCGUCCGCCAACCUCUCUCGAUCACCGGAAGGAGCGGGGAGAUACUUGGUACGAGGUUGAGGAGUGUGAUACGACCGAGUCCCACGCACCAAGGACGUCCAUCAAAGAAAAGAUCCGGGGACUUCAGCAACUGGUAAAAGAAAUGAAGCAACGUAAUGAAAAGACAAAACCUCGUGACUGGGCAGUCAACUACGGGGCCCCUUUACCGCGGCGCGUUAUUUUGAAACCUGUGAAGACAGUGUGCUAACAAAUCGUAACAACUCGGCCAUCUUCGGAAUUCUGAUAAAGGCCGAGGUGUUCCGAUUGUGUGCUAACCAAGAAAAUUUAACGCAUUUCAAUCCAUGUGACAUAUUCAGAAGCGACGCUGCAAAAAAUGCGCGAGGAGUUUCUCCAUAAACGACAACAGUAGCCAAACUCAUUUACAACAGCAUAAGUUAAAGAAACUCGAUCGCUCAUGUUUUGGGACGAAAACAUUAUUUCCCUAGAAAUGCAUCUGAAACACUUAUUCAGUUAUAAUUAUUUACUCUUCUAUUCCGAAAUUGCAAAUAAAAUACAAUAAAAAGUAUUAAAAAAAAUGUAGUUGAAAGCGAACCACGCAGGUAGCGUCAAGAAAAACUACGAAAACCGACGUCAACAUUCGGCCACAAGGAUUGAUACAACAGUUGAUGUAGAUUUUAACCUUUAUCGAAUACACGAAUUAUGAUUAACAUUUGUUAAAGGGUUCCAGCUGUCAGUUUCUUAGUUUUGUCACUCCUAAUAUUAAUGAUUUGCCACACUUUAUUUCGCAAUAAUGUUUAUUCGUAAACAUGCAUUUUACAAACCAUGAGCGAGACCGCAAAGCAUGAAAAAUGAAUUGUCAAGAGAUAGGUAUUUAAGUGUUAACUUUUAAGAAAACAGUGUCAUAAUUAAGAAACAAACAACACAACAAAACACUGCAGAAAACAUAAUAUACAUUAUAACUUGCAAUCGGUACAUCGACAUACUUGACAUUAAUUAUACAUACAAUUUCCAACCUGGAUUAAGUGGCCACCCUUUCUCAAGCAGCCAUUUUGACCAUUUCCCAAAGGUGGCCACUUAAUACAGGUUUGACUGUAUGCCAUGAAUAUGUUUGCGGUCCAGUAUAUUCGUUUGUGACGUUUCAGCCAUAACUGAAUGAUAUUCCUUUCAUUCCAAAAGUGUAUUUUAUUGUAUGUAUUGCUUCCAUGCCUUUGUUAACAAGUAGUAAUAAAAUCUUAUAAAUACCUGUACUUGUACUUUAACACAUGCAAGUAACUAUUUUAUGAUCAACGUCGUCGG